ACAAUUGUUGAACUAGCGGACCAAAACGUUAAUAAGGUCAUAUAAACAAACGAGAAAGUGGUCUGAUGUGUCUGACGAAACACACAAAAAAUUUAGCCAUGAGUAAGACGUUACAAUUAUUGCUAGAGUUGGAAUAUUAAUCAGUUUGUGAAAGUGGCUAAUGUAAUAGUUCAAAGCACGUCAUUGUGGAAUUAUCAGUAUGACAAUGACACUGGUAGCCUCGGAAAUAGGUCGAUAAUAACUUGUCAUUUAGUAAAACGUGGCAUUUGAGAACACGGGUAUAAAUAUCAUCAUGUUAACUGCUCAACGACCAUGUUAACUGCUCAACAACGACCAUGUUAACUGCUCAACGACCAUGUUUCCCCUAAAUCAGUUAUAUUUUUGUGCUUAAUAUAGGCAUUAAUCAAUAUCGGGUAUUUCCAACUUUAUGAUAAAGUCAACAUAUCUAAAAAAGUGUAUACGUUAGACAUUUUUUUCACAGACAGUGAUUUGAACUGUGAAAAAAAAUAGAAUAAUGAAGGUAGUAGGAAAAGUAAUUCGUUAUUUACAGGUUCGAUCACAGAAAACGUUUGAAUAUAUUGAGGACAAAGCACUACGAAUUGGAAAAACGUUGGAUGAGCAUAUGGAUAGUGCUUCACCUGGAGAAACAAUUGUUUGUAAGGUCUUGCUAAGGCUGCCAUUGAUUUGUAUAAUUCAGCAAUGGCUGCUUCUCAGUCCAUAUUCAAAUUACUGGGUUCUUGAAAUAUUUCUCUUCAUCGUGCGAUAUGGAGUUGCUUUACUAUUGGUUGGAGCUUGCACACUGAACAGCGGCGUUAUUCUACAAUUCUACACAAUUUCAACAAUGGAUAUUGCUGUCAUGUGGUUGAAAAGAACGGAUUAUUGGACCCACCGAAACAUGGCUUAUAGUGUUUUACAUGACAAGAACAUUCUAGUUUGGUCUAAUGUCACAGAACAUUGGAGGGUACUUGUGCUAUGUUCAAGCCUGCUGCAAGUUGUCUAUCUUUGCUACAGACCUGGAACGUUAAUACACAGAGAGAAAUUGCGUGCAACCACUGGGAAUUAUAUUACGCUUUUCGCAACGAUGGUUCCCAAUAUCCUAAGUACUUUUGGUUUUAUUCCUUUCUUCAUGUCGAAACUCUCGUACUGGGUAGAAAGUACAUUAUUAUUUAUAAUAUGUAUGUCUGAAAUGCGUUCAUUAAGGAAUCUAGACUUAGAUGUUGAUAGAAAGAAAUUAAAGAUGCUGACGGAUGAUAGGAUGUUGAGACGUAAAUACAGCGCCAGAAUCAAAGAUUUACAACAACGUAUAAAUAACAGGCGUGGGAUUGGUUAUUACGCGAACAAUUAUCUAGGCCAAUGGAUCGCGAAAUAUGCAGUCCUGGCGUUUGGAGCUAUAGUUUCAUUAUGGACCCGAAGAAAAAUGACUUCGAGUGUAAUUCUCAACACUCUCCUCGAUGUAUCCACUAUGUUGUGCGCUACAGUGGUGUCCGCCAUUCGUUCUUUACUACCGAAAUUCAUUGAGCAAAUUUUCUAAAAUUAAUAAUAGAUAAUAGCUAUGUAAGCGUGAAGGGUAGAAUAAUAACAGCAGUUCAGCUGCUAUUAUUGUUGAGUUAUAAUAGCAGUAAUAACAUUAUUGCUCCUAUUACUGCAGUAACAACAGUAUUACUGUUAUAACAACUAACAACAAACACUAAUUAACAGAAUCCUUAAUACUACUGGAGUUCGCAACGUUUUUUUUUAUUUUGUUGGGUUUAACGUCGCACCGACACAAUUUUAGGUCAUAUAGCGACUUUCCAGCUUUGAUGGUGAAGGAAGACCACAGGUGCCCCUCCGUGCAUUAUUUCAUCACGAGCGGGCACCUGGGUAGAACCACCGACAUUCCGUAAACCAGCUGGAUGACUUCCUCACAUGAAGAAUUCAACGCCCCGAGUGAGGCUCGAACCCACAUCGAUGAGGGGCAAGUGAUUUGAAGUCAGCGACCUUAACCACCCGGCCACGGAGGCCCCAAAGUAAUCGCAACGUUAAGGAGGGCUUCAAGGAUGCAUUGUACCGUAUAUAGCUGGGUUGUUUAUUUCAGAAAUAAUGUAUAGCAUAAAAAUGUUGUAACAUGUUGAAACAACACGAAGGGUGUAUUUCACAAGAGCAUAGCCCGAAUGAAUUAUAUAUACAGCGUGUAUUCGACUCGUUUUGUUGGGAUAUACUAAACUUGGUUCUGCUAUAUACUAUUUCGAUUCUAAUAUGUCUUUUAUGUAAACACGCAGAUUGAAUUGGGAAGCACUAUUUCAUGCCGUUUGUACGGUGCCAAAUGUAGUAGGUCGACGUGUCGUCAACGUGUAACUGUUAACAAUGUUUAUAUACGGGAAGUAAGACGGCCCGCAAAAUAACUUAGGAGUGCGUAGAUGUGUAUUUAUUCUCGGACAUUCUUUCAUUUGACGGAUGACCUUACAUUUUGAGAAACUUUGAAAAAUCAAACAACACCAAACCUUACAAAGAAGGGUAGUCUCACAUGAAAAUUGAACAAAAUGUAUAACACGUAUAUUACUUUACAAAACAAGUGUUAGUUUACUUGAAAAUACAUUGAUUCUGCAUAAAGGGGCCACACUUUCGGACAGAUUAAGGCCUUUAAAAAUCUCACCAUUUUCAAAGAACUGUGACUUAUCUUCGUUUUGAUGCAUUUGCAAUAAUUAAUGCUGAAUUUCACAUCACUAGAGGGAACGAAGUUUUAAGCAAGUGCUUACUUUUGUUUCUUUACAAAUGGCAUUUAUUUUUAAAGGCAGACAACGUUUCGAGAAUAUUUUUAAUAUCCACCGUAAAAGGCCUACGGUAGAACAUGAACGUUAGUAAAGAUGUUGCUUGUUUAUCAAAUAUUAUUUGUGUUGGUGAUGUACUCCUAAACCUGAAAUGAAUAAUGUAAGCAUAGGUGAGACGUGAUGUUGGUGCUGUAUGCUCAUCUGUAACGACCGAAAUGAUGUUAAUAUUGCAAAUAGUUAAAAAGUUACUUAUAUUGCAUUUGUUGUCAUACUAUAUCAGCAAAUGGCAGUCGCGAAAUUA